AUGCAGCUCGACAUGAAGAACGCCUUCUUGCAGAGCAAGCUCGACCGGGUGCUCUACAUGACUCAGCCGGACUACUUCAACGAUGGAACCGGCCGGGUCUGCAAGCUGCUGAAGAGCCUGUACGGGCUGAAGCAGUCACCGCUGCUGUGGUACUUGGUGCUCAACGACGUGCUGGUUGACGCCGGGUGGAAGAAGAGCCAGGUCGACGAGGCUCUCUACUUCAAGGUCGGCAAGGACGGAGUGGCCUGCUGGGUGCUGGUCUACGUCGACGACCUGCUCGCCGCCAGCAGCAGCACCGAGAUGCUGAAGGAGUUGAAGGAGCUGCUGGAGUCCGCCUUCGAGCUGCGUGAGAUCUCGCCGGUGCAGAAGUACCUUGGGCUGGAGAUCGUCCGCGACAGGUCGGCGGGGAAGGUGUGGCUGCACCAGCAGGGCUACGCCGACAAGCUGCGUAGGCGCUUCAUCGACGAGGAGCAGACCGGGCGCACCCCAAAGACGCCGGUCUCGGUCGACGCCUACGGCAAGCUCACCUUCGACGACGAGGAGGCACAGGAGCGACAGGAGGAGGACUACCGGCAGAAGCAUGCUGGGGAGCGGCCUCACGUUCGGUGGUGGACUUGA